CUCCUACACAGUUCAGAAGAAGAUCUGUGUGCAUUUAUCCUAGGCACGUUUGGAGACCCAGAAGGGGAUGAAGGUAGUUAACGUGCAGCGGGAACCUUCACUUCAGGCACUAACCCGUACCUCUGUGCUGACCUUGCUGAUAUGCUGCAAGCUGAGUAUUAGACAAUUUUUUGUUCAAAUUAAGUCCAGCCUGAGGAGAAGAGAUGGUUAAAGAAAUGUCUCAAGUAUCCUUGCAUCCAUCUAAUCAGACGUUGUGUGCAGCUACAAAUGGUACGGAACUGAAAUCAAUCAUUGAUAAUGAAACAACAAAUGAAAAAUGGACUGAAGACUCCUUUCCAGGAUUAGAAAUACUGUGCACAAUUUAUGUUACAUAUGCUGUGAUCAUUUCAGUGGGUCUCCUUGGAAAUGCUAUACUCAUCAAAGUCUUUUUCAAGAUUAAAUCAAUGCAGACGGUUCCAAAUAUCUUCAUCACCAGCUUGGCAUUUGGAGACCUGCUGCUUUUAUUAACUUGCGUGCCUGUAGAUGCAACACGGUACAUUGUGGAUACCUGGAUCUUCGGAAGAAUUGGGUGCAAGCUGCUGUCUUUCAUCCAGUUAACAUCAGUUGGAGUAUCAGUGUUCACACUGACUGUUCUCAGUGCUGACAGGUACAGAGCCAUUGUUAAGCCCCUGGAGCUGCAGACCUCGGACGCGCUCCUGAAGACCUGCUGUAAAGCUGGCUGUGUGUGGAUUGUCUCCAUGGUAUUUGCUAUCCCCGAGGCUGUUUUUUCAGAUUUGUAUUCUUUCAGCAAUCCUGAGAAAAAUGUAACUUUUGAGGCAUGUGCUCCCUACCCUGUAUCUGAGAAGAUACUGCAGGAAGUGCACUCCCUGGUUUGCUUCCUUGUGUUCUACAUUGUGCCACUGGCUGUUAUUUCUGUCUAUUAUUUUCUUAUCGCCAGAACUUUAUACAAAAGUACAUUCAACAUGCCAGCAGAAGAACACGGUCAUGCCCGUAAGCAGAUCGAAUCCCGCAAGAGAGUUGCAAAAACAGUGCUGGUGCUUGUUGCUUUGUUUGCCUUUUGCUGGUUGCCCAACCACAUCCUCUACCUAUACCGCUCUUUUACAUACCAUGCUUCUGUAGAUGCUUCUACCUUUCAUCUGAUAGUUACCAUUUUUUCCCGUGCCUUGGCCUUCAGCAAUUCCUGUGUCAAUCCUUUUGCUCUUUAUUGGCUGAGUAAAAGUUUCCGCCAACAUUUUAAGAAGCAAGUCUUGUGCUGCAAGGCCAAGCUUCGCGCAAAGCCUCCCAGCGCUCCCCACAGCAAUUCACCCCCCAGAGCUCUGUCAGUCACAGGGAGCACACACGGCUCAGAAAUCAGCAUUACGCUGCUGACAGAUUACAGCAUCACAAAAGAAGAGGAAAGUGUUUAGUUCGUUUGUGAGGAAGGACAGAAAAUGAGCGUUUGCAGUCAAGUCACUACUGCCUGCGUCAUGGAAGGAGGUGCCAUGUCUUGCUCUGCCUCUGAAAGGAUUUUCAUCAGGAGUUCCUAAGUUUUUUAGAAUAGACAACAAAGAAAGCAAAGCGUGUGUGAGAAGAAGCUAAAGCAGCUGAAAUUUUCAGUGUAAGCUCAGAGGAAUUGCUCGCGUGCCCAAGCAUGAACACGCACCCUUGGCUGAGGUUCGUGUGCUGGACGGGAGACAGCAAAGUUGCUGUGAGAAUUGGCCAUGGGGAUUGCUUUGUUCUCAGUGAUUUGUUCUUUCACUUGUGACUGGAAGCUCCCUUCUGUCAAGUACCUGCAUCUAAAGCAUGCGUAUUGAUCAAACCAUCAGCCUGGCAGGUGUUUGGUUUAUUUCCUUUCUUGUUCCAUAUAUUCAAAAUUGAUACAUGCAUUGGGAAAUAAGCUAAGAUGAGAGAAAGGUAAAGCGUGUAGCAUGGUGUGAUAAAAAAGAAAAAGCAUUACUGCCAGAUCCACAUUGCCCUUUGCUCCACCAGUGACUUUGAAAUUCUGGGUAGGAGCUGACUGCAGUGAAAGGGAUGCUCUCUCUACAUCCUCAUGAACCAGCAGGUCAUUGUUCUGGUCGGCGAUAAUCAUCUUUAUCAAAUUUGUAAAAUUCCUUUUGAUCCAUGGAUCAACACAUCAACAAGAGCUUUGUUCUUCACUGCUAUAGUGAUUUUACAUCAACAGUUGCAGUUUGGAUUCGCAGUGGAUUUCCAAAGCAAACUGCCCAGACAUCCCCACCUGCCUUACUUUGCUCUGUCUCCUAGAGCAGCCUUGAGUGCACAGCCUGCAUUUCUUUUGGAAGAAACUGUUCAGACAUGGGACCAGAUUGGAGGUGACAGCCCCCAAAGCAUAAUGCACGAGUGCCAGGAUAACCAUUCCUCUCCAUGGACCCUCCCCUACUGCAGCGUAUUGCUUGGUCAAGUGGCCAUUUCUAAAUCACCUGCACAUUUCUAAGCAUGCUGGGAGGGCUGGAUUUUUCCAUUGUACUAGCUUUUAUGAGAUUAGCUUUCUCAUCUCACAUCCACUCAUUCUGAUAACACAAGUCACUGACAGCCUAUCACGGGCAGACUCUAUAUCCCUAAAAAGCUCAGCAGCUUGUCAGGAAAUAACAGGAAGCAAAUCUUCCAACCCCACCUUACAAGAGUGUUGAAUGACACUUGUUUUUAUUAAGCUGUGUACCCUGAACUGAAAUUUUGUUCUGUGGGAGUUGGUGAUUAAAAAAAAACCACAAUGGAUUUUCCACUGCAUAAAGUAAGGGACUUCUAUCUCAAAAAACAAAAAACAUGCGUUACAUUAUUGAAGAGAGGCUGCAAUGUAUGAAUCACGCAGAAAGGUGCUCUCGGUCACAGAAGUUUGAAUUGGAUGUCCUAUUUGACAAGCUACCUAGCCCCUGAAGACAUAAUGCUCCUCCAGCUGCACACAGCCCUUCACCAGGAUGGAAAUCCAUCCAUCCAUCCAUGCACUGUUAUUUGAGUUCGUUAUAUGAUGCAGAAAAUCUCCUUGCAGUCUCUCUCUUCUGACUGCCCUCAUCAGAAUAAUAAAACCACACUAGAAAUCCCAAGGUGUUGGAAUACAACCUCUGUAGUCCUUUUAAACCAGUUUAAUGAUAGCCCAUUUUAAUGCCAUCAAGCCUGGCCUUGUUUUACUACUCUCUUCACAUUACUUGCUGCAAGGUGAUAAGCACUAAUUAUUCAAAUGCUGUCUCCAUUUUAUUGUAUCAAUAAACACCACAAUAGGACCACUGCAAUAAAUGGAAACAUAACAGCACAGAAAUGCAAUCUAUGGGAAAGUGGACUCCAGAGACCUUAUUUUUGCUCUUUGUCUGAACAGAACACAUCCCUUGGUACUCAGGUACAUACAAGUAUGUACAUACUGCGUUGAUGUUUUCCGAUUCUCAUUCUAUGUAGUGGAGCUGCACAGUGAGAUACAGAGGGGUAAAUAAGCCUAGGCUUUUAAGAGCCUCCUUUUCUCUUCCUAGAUCUUACUACAGAGAAUUCUAAAUAAAAGAAAGAUCAACAAACACUGCACUUCCUUACACCACUCUUGAUUCUAGCUUAUUAAAGCCUUUAGCAAAUAAUUUGCCACGUUUCUGGACUUCACAGUUUGUCUCUGUCCAAGGGCAUAUUUCCCACUGCAAAAUCCUUGCUAUACAGUAAGCCUUAAAAAUCACUGUUUCUUAAUUCACCACUUUAUUUGCUCUGCAUGCAGAUAUUUUUUGCUUGUGUAAUGACUCCUCCAGCUGGAUGGUCUAUCUAUUGCUCAUACGUUGUACUAGAAAAUUGAUGUUUUUACUAUAUGCUGCACAUAUUUCAAGCCAUAAUUUAAGUACUCCAUGUACCUUAUGCUUUAAUUCCAUACUUUCAAAUCUUCAUGAGAUGUUGAAUUACAGUGAUAUAUUGGACAAUAUUUUUAUCUGAACGAUCUGAUGUUUCUCAUUGCACCUAUUUAUCCAAUAUAAAUAUCCAUAAAACAUCUUUGUGUUGCCAUAACUGGGUUCAGGGGAAAGGGUUGCUUCUUUCAGUGUAUUUUCUCAGUGCUGAAAAACAGCUCUCUCAGCCUUAAGUACUACAGGUGUAAUUCUACAAAAGAAUAUGGGAAGGAUGUCUAUUUACAGAAAUAUUCAAUGUCACUUAGCAAAAAACUGGCACAAAGAAUUAGAAUUUUACUAUUUAUACUCACAAUGAAAUAAUACGUAGAAGAAAGGUACAAAAUACAGAAAGGCAAGACUCUGUGAAAGGACUCGUUCAUAUGGAGUUUUACUGGGUAAGUAAAUACUGUUUUUAGGAUUUGCCUUUUUAUGUUUGUUUUAUAUGUACACAUUGCCAGAUUUCAGAUUCAGACGUAACAAAUAAUGUUUUUGUUAGCAACAGGUUAAGUAUGAGUGCUUUAAUUUGUGCUUUCAAUGUAAGAUAUUGGAUUGUUUUCAGAAGGAUAUUUUCCACACAAAAAAAAAUUAACAAAAGAAUGUCAAACAGAGUGCACCUGCAGCAAACAGCACUGACUGUAAAAGUCACUUUGUGAAACUAUAACCACUUUAUAGCUCGCCCUCUUGUUUCCAUAGAAAGCAUCAUUUUGUUGUACAGUUAAAUAUGGGCUGCCUACUGAUGGUCAUGUGUUUCAGCUAAGAAUACUGCAGUUAAAUAAGAAGCUAAAUUUACUCACAGCUACUGGACUUGUACAUUUCAAUCAAGGAUACUUAGAAUUUUAAAAAAAAAAAAAAAAAAGUACAGGCUCUAACUGGUAUUUAGUUAUGGGUUCUGCCAAGGCUGGUCCCCUCAGUGAAAGGUGAACUAUUCUGAGGAAUUUCUACUGUCAACACAGGAAGGAGUAUUUAAUUUCUAGCACACCUAGAUCCAGCAGCAUUUUCACAGUCGCUCUCACUAGCCUGUGCCUAAGAGCUGCAGGCCCCAGCCCCAGGGAAAGCACACAGGAGUAACCUCUCUGUAAUGAAACAGUAUUUAAUGCCUCCCUGACACCAUAUAGCAAAGCACCUUCUUAAGAAAUGAAGUGUUACAUGUUUAUCUGUCAGCUAGUGAACUGCUGGUUCUACUUUAAUAAAUAUCAGAAUGCUUUAUUAAGCCAAGAUUUUGGUACUUUUAGUAGGUGGUAUCUCUGGAACAACAUUCAGUUCUGAUGAAUCAAGAUUUCCUUUUAUCAUUUAGAAAAGUCAAACACAGCUACAAAAUCAUAAUUAGAUUACAUGCUAAUGCCUCCUUUUACUGUUUGCUUUGAGAUAUUUUGUCAUUUGAAAUGUCAUUUCCUGACAUUCCGUCCCCAGAACCUGAAGCUCAUCCUUCCCCUGCUGCAGCAGCCAUGCUUGUGCAGCCAUGAAUUCAAUUAUUCCAAGAGUGUGAU